AAUGAAUUAAAUACAUUUUUGGGUGGAGUAACCCUUUAAGUGUUCUCCGGUUUAAAUCAUAAAAAAAAGAAAAGCAUAGUCAGGAAACAAACAAGGAGAAACUGGUGGUCAGAUUCACACUUACUUCCUAUGUGAAAAUAUAUCUUCAGGUUCAGGGUGAAAUAGACAUUAUUGUGUGUGAACUGCCAAAUUAAUUAUGUAGAGAGAUAGAUAUCUGUUCAAAUGUACAAUAAAACAAAAUGAAAAACGCAUAUUACAUUGAUACAGGAAACCGCAAUUGCAGAUAUGUGCAUAUGUGCAUGUUGUCACCUUACUUGACCUGACUGCAUAAGAAGCGUUAUGUAGCUCUGUUAGGCACUUCCUGGAAUAUGAGAGCAGAACACACAAGUCUCAACAAGCAGUAGGAAAGCGGUGCUUCAGGUGCAAGAUACACUCGACGUUUCUUAGACACAUCUACAAAGACGAAGGGCAGGGUAUUUCCAUCGAUCUCACAAUGUCUAGCCAAGGUACUAAAAGAAAGCGUGAUCAAGAAUCGUCUGACUCUGACUCCAGCAUAGAGUCACCGCUGACAGAUAUGGGGAUCAUGUUGAAGGCAAAGAAAAUCAUGAAAAGAGUCACUGAUAUCUUGGUCCGCACAGACAUUAUGCACAAAGACAUCAUCAUUUCAAAGAUAGAAAAAAUGAAUAAUGUCAGCAAAAAGGCUACCAUUGGGAUUUUUGGAAAAUCAGGAGAAGGGAAGAGUUCCCUAUUAAGUGCAGUCCUGGGGACAAGGGACCUUCUGCCAUCUGGUUGUUUUGGUGCCUGUACAGCCGUUGUUACUCAGGUGGAAGCCAAUCUGACUGACUCCAACUACAUAGCAGAAAUUGAACUCUACUCUAAUGAGGAGUGGGAGAAAGAGCUCAAAGAUCUUUUCAGAGUUUUGUCAGAUGAAAGUGAGGACAGAGAUGAUGACAUGUUUCAAAUUGCUGUAGAAAAGAUCACUGCGCUGUAUGGAGCUGAUGCAGACAAGAAAACAUUAGAAGAACUCCAGGAAGAUGAAAGAUUUGCUGAGAUUGAAACCUUUUUGUCUUGUAAUAAGAAAACCAUCUCAAACAAUGAUGUCUCUAAAUUUUCCAAUGAUGUUGCAUCUUACAUUAUCCACAGUGAAGCCAGUCCUGGUGGCUGGUACUGGCCGCUUGUGAAGAGUGUGACCUUUAAGGUUCCAGAUUGUCAUAACCUCCUGGAACACAUUGUGCUUGUUGAUAUUCCUGGCAGUGGAGACUGCAACAAGUUAAGAGAUGACAAGUGGAAAUCUAAACUGAGAGAGUGCUCUUCUGUGUGGAUUGUAAGUGAUAUCAAGCGAGCAACCACCGACAAAGACCCCUGGGGGAUUUUAAAUCUCUGCAUUGAAGAACUGGGACCAGAAGGAGAAUGCAAAAGAAUCAACUUCAUCUGUACAAAAACGGAUGAUAUCAAUGCACCAGCCUAUAUAAGAUCUGCACGGCUUACUAUAUCAGAAGACAAGUCUCUUAAUGAUCAGAAAAAGGUGUGCAUACUUCAUAGAAAUGAACUUUCCAAGACAAGAGUCAAAGAAAAGUUUGAAAAUUCUGAAAUCAAGAAAAGAUUCAGCACUGCCACUGAUGAUAAUUUUCUUAAUGUCUUCACUGUAAGUUCCAAUGCCUUCUUCGAACAUAAUUUAAUUCUGGGACCUAGUGAAACAGAAAUCCCAAAGUUACGGGAUGAUCCGAGGAUUCUUAACAAGAACAUUAACAGAGAGCUGACCAGUGAUUAUGUCAAUGAAGCAAGGGAAGUUUUGUCCUUGAUCCAAAGUGUUCAGCUGGAUAGAGACAAGAAAACGGAGGAGACAAAAGUCAAAGUCUGCAUGGAAUUAGAGAAUAACCUAAAGAAGGCACUGAAUGAACUGGACAGUCGUUUUGACACCAUUUAUACUAAUCUGGAGAAGUUUCUCUCAAAAGGAGUGGAUGAAUCAGUGCAAUUAUGUGUUGCUUCCACAAAAGCAAUUAUAGCCCCUAAUAUUGAUCGAAGAGGAUUCCAUAAAAUCCUUCAAGCUUUGUGCAAGAACGGUGGAUGCUACUGGUCAAAAAAUUGGGACGUAAUCCUAGAUCUGAACAGGCAAUUGGGAAAACACUUGCAUGAAAAUAUUUAUGAAUAUUUCAAUCUGAUUUUCCCUGUUACUGGAACAACAGGGAAGUCAGUGCAAGAACAGAUUGACAAGUUCAGUAUCAUCCAGAGUGACUCUGCUUCUCCUGGAUCUCCCAUAUUACAUCACAUUCAGAACUUCAUCAAAACAGUGGAAACUAAUCUGAAGACAUUACUUAAAAGAGUGGUUGUUGAUAGAAAGAAGAAAAUCUACUCAUCAAUCCAAACAACCAUUGAGAAGGAAAUGUCUUCUUACUAUGAACAAGCUGCAGCAGUGACUGGAAUCGGAUCCAUGAAGAAAAGGCAGGAACUGCUAAUAACCGCAGUCGAUGAGAUAAAACAUGACAUGUUCAACAAGGCAAAAAUUGAAAUGCUUACAAGUUUCAAGAAUUUAAAGUUGGAGAUAAAGAAUGCUCUUGAAUUUGGACUAAAUGAAUCAAUGAAACUCUCACUGUCAGAAACCAGCAAUGUCAAAAUGAUGGAUGUCUCAAGAGAGAUCGAACAGCUGGAGAGACUUGCAGAGCAACUGUCAAACUGAAGUUAUCAAGCAACAGUUAGCCCUAAGAUUGCGUCAUGUAAAGGGGUGCCCAAAGCGUCAGAUAUUGAAGCAUGGUCAAAAUUGUCAGUUAGAUGACGCCUUGGGAUGAGAAUGCGUUGCAAUUUAAUGUAACAUGAAUUUCAGUAAUUGUUUUAACUAGUUUUACAUUAUAUAGAUAUUGCUUAUUGCUUUACUCAUAUUGGUAUUUUUAGUGGUUUUAAAAUGAUUCACUUUCAUCAAAAUUUGUGUUUUAUUUUAGGUGAAAACUGCAUGAUACACAAACUGUGUGUUGAUUUAUUGCCCUUUUUUAUUACCACUUUUUAUCGUUACAGCAAUAAAUGGAAAUGCCAUUUAAAAGUACUUAUCACAGCUGUCCUAUUUUCUAGAAACUUUAUUGUUGAUGCAUUUAGAUUGGAAUGAAACAAGAGUCUUUUUUCAAUUUAGUUUUUUGCAAUUAAAAUGUCUUUAUCUUAUUUAGCAUAAAAGUAAAUGCAUUUUGUCUACUGAUGAUUUUUAGGUUAGGAAUGUCCAUUUAAGGAAUGCUUUGUAAUACUCUUCUUGUAUUAAAUCAUUAAAAUCUUUUAAUUUGAAUCUAAAUGUAUAUAUUUUUUAAUUGUC